GACAACCCUCUGAAGCCCUUUCCAAGCCGCGCCUGCGCAUUAGCGACAAGGGAAACCCUCGUUUUUCUCCACCACACCCCCUCCCACUCCGGAAACAGCCGAGCGUUUUCGGAGCCGCUCGGGCGACACAUGGAGGCCUCGGCUGCCUGCGGCCUAUGCCAGGCCGAUCGGGCGCCUUACACUUGCCCUCGCUGCCACGUCCGCUUCUGCUCCGUGCCUUGCUACCGUGAGCACGGUUCCUGCGCUCGGGAUUUCCAAACGCGAGAGUUGCAACUUCGGCUCCGGAGCCAGCGGGGGGAUGCGGAUGCGCGAGGCCGCCUGAGGGAGGCCCUUCUCCGGCUGCGGGAACUACGCGAGCCCGGGGAUGCGGGCCCCGAGCUAGGCCUCGACCCGCAAACCGAGGACCUGUGGGAGCAGCUGAGCUCCCAGCAGCGCCAGAGCUUCCAACAGCUGCUGAGCAGCGGGAAGAUCUCGGGGAUCCUGCCUCCUUGGAAGCCCUGGUGGGUGGUGGAGGCAAAAAGCCAGGAGCCACCCCUGGUCCAGCUCCUUGGAGCUCAGGAUGCCCAGGACUCUCAGCCACAGCAGGAAGGAGCCAAGCAAGACCUUCAUCCAGCUUCAUCCGGGCUUCCAAACGAAGAGACCAUCAUCACUGGGGAGGACCAAAACCGACCUCCCGCCCAGGAUUCGAACUCGCCACCCGCCCUUCCCGAUGUGAUCCGCCCGUUGAGCAACCUCACCGGCGGCCCCGUCUCCCCCCUGGUGCGCUUCCAGCUGCCCAACGUCCUCUACGCCUACGCCUACUCUCUCUCGCUCUACAACGGAGAGGCGGACGAUGCCCAGCUGCUGCCUGAAGUCUGCGAGACCCUCUUGGACCUCUCGGCUACGCUGGGUACCACCCAGAGGGUCUUCUCCUCCACGGGGGAAGCCUUGCAAGCCGCCCUGCAGGCUGUCGUCGACGGACGGUACCCGGAGUGCCCGCUGGGAAAGGCCGGGACGAUGCAAGCGGUGGCCCAGAUUUUAAGAGGACCCGGUCCGGAGAAACAGAGCCGGUUCGCCCUGGCGGCUUUCGCCCACCUAACCAGACUGUUAGGUCGUGGCAAACGCCGAGUAGCCCCCGAGGACCAGCCCAGGAUCUACAAGGCGAAGAAAAAAUGCCAAUUCCUGCUUUCUUGGGUGAAGGAGAACGAGGAGCAGCUCCCUUCCCUGGCUUUGGAAGUGCAGGGGGAAUACAUAACCCAUGUGGUGGACGCCAAAGAAGUGGGCGCGAUCACCCAGGAGCUGGAGAAAAUGUGGGGAGGGAAAAUGCCCCCUUCCAAACAGCCUCUGAUAGAAGAAUUGGACUGAAGCUUCCCACCAACCCUCCAUACAAAGGAUCGGAUGGAAACUGGGGGGACAGGAGAGGGCCUGGGGGAGAAAGGAGCCGGUGGAGUUUGCAUCGCAGGGCAGGGGUCCCAGAGGUUGAAGCCUAAACUUGAAGAUGAGAAAGAAUCAGUUCUGUUUUUCUCCUACCCUCCCCAAAAAAUGGACAUGGAUUGGGGGCAAGAGUGGGAAAGCUGUAAUUAAAAAAAGCCAAGUCUAGGAAUCUUUGGUUUGUGCCCUCUCUUUUGUUUCCUGCUUCCUUUUAACCUGGUUAACACCCGACAAACGUGUUAACUUGGGAGUCGAGAGUGAAAUCGUGGUGCGGUGAUUUCUCAAAUCGUGGCAACUUUUAACAUCUGGGCACUUCCAACUCUCAGAAUUCCCCAGCCAACAUGGGAAUUGGAAGUCCGAACGUCUUAAACCAUGUUGGCUGAGGAAUGGUGGUUCAUAAGUCGAGGACUGUCUGUACAGUACAGGUUCAUUUAGUGACCAUACAAAGUUACAAGAGCAUUGAAAAAAAAGUAACUUAUGACCACUUUUCACACUCCCAUUGCAGCAUCCCCGGGGUCAUUUGAUCAAAAUUCAGACGCUUGGCAAUUGAUUCAUAUUUAUGACUGUUCCAGUGUCCAUCUUUUGUAACUUCCUAACAAGCAAAGUCACUGGGGAAAUCAGAUUCACUUAACAACCGUGUUACCGACUUAACAGCUGCAGUGAUUCACUUACUACGGGUUCUGUGGGCGUGGCUUGGUUGGAGGUGGGGGUAAAUGUAACUGGGUGGGCAUGACCAACUUUUUUUUUUUUUGAAAUUUUUCAAAGCAUUUUUUCUAAUGCUUUGAAAAGCCUCUGGCGAUCAGGCAACUCAGCUGGGAUCAUCAGAGACUUUUCAAAGCAUUUUUUUAAAUCACCUUUUCGGCCAAGAGAUUGCAAAAAAAAAAAUGCUUUGAAAAGCCUCUGACGAUCCCAGCUGAGCCGCGCGAUCAUCAGAGGCUUUUUUUUUUUACUUUUAAAAGCAUUUUUUCGUCGGAAGAGGUAGAAAAAAUGCUUUUAAAAGUAAAAAAAAAGCCUCUGAUGAUCGUGCGACUCAGCUGAGCAUGGUGGGGGGGGCAGGGAUUUUUGCUACCUGUUCUCUGAACCACCUGCUGCCAUCACUACUGGAUCGGGUGAUCCGGUCCGAACCGGAAGCAUUUCACCCCUGAAAGGAUCCCAAGAGAACAAGUCCAGUUUGGAUCACCUCAAGAUUUCUUAUUUUCCCUCCCUUGUUCCAAUACAGGUAGUCCUUGACUUGCAGUACAACAGUUUGUUUAAUGACCGUUUCAAAGUUAUAACAGGACUGGGGGAAAAUAAUGACAUGACCAUUUUUCACACUUGCAACCGUUGCAGCUUCCCCAGGAUCACGUGAUCAAAAUUCAGCCUCUUGGCCACUGUCUCAUAUUUAUGACAGUUUGCAGCGUCCUGGGGUCAUGCGACCAUCUUUUGCAACCAUCUGACAAGCAAAGUCGAUGAGGAAGCUGGUUUCACUUAACAACUGCAGUAAUCCACUUAAAGGAGCCUGGAUAGCUCAACAGACAGAGCUCUGUAAUUUAACACCAGCUGUCUGCAAUUAAAGUAAGAUCGAAUCUUACCAGGCUUAAGGUUUACUCAGCCUUCCAUCCUUUCUAAGGUAGGUAAAAUGAGGACCCAGUUUGUGGGGGCAAUAAGCUGACUUUGUAUAAAUAUAUACAAAAGUAUGAAGGCUAUUGCUUAACGCAUUGUAAGCUGCCUUGAGUCUCCGGAGAAGGGCGGCAUAUAAAUCAAAUUUAAAAAAAAUGUAGCAGGAAAGGUCAUAAAAUGGGGAAAAACUCACUUAACAAAAUGUCUCAUUUAGCAACAGAUCAAUUGUCCUAAGUUGAGGACUACCUGCAUUGUUAAUCAUGCGAUUCAGAGAAAUCCCCUUUCAAAAAAGAUCUCAUCGCUAGCUACAAAUAAAACCCUUCACUAUU